UCUCAUCCAUUAUAAAGUUGAGAAAGAAAAGUUUUGUUUUAUCACAAAAGUGCCAACAAUGGGGUCGGCCACAAGUAGUUUUUCAAUGUUAACCGAGGAUAUUUUGGACGAGUAUUCAAUGUUGACCUACUUAAGCAAAGCAGAAAUUCUGAGAUUGUAUAAAAUUUUCUCAAACUUCGGCUCUGAAAACCUGCAAACCAACCACCGCUACUCUGUGAACCAAGUGGAACUGGCUUUUCCACAACUCAAGUACAACCCGUUCCGAGAGAGGAUAUACAAGGUGUUCUCCUCGGAAAAGGACGGCAAAUUAUCAUUCGAAGACAUCCUCGAUUUGUGUUCGGUGAUGUCGCAAAAAUGCCCCGAUAAAGUCAAAGCAGCGUGGGCUUUCCGAAUUUUCGAUUACGACGAAGAUGGCGCUGUGGGCGAGAGGGAUUUGAUGACGGUCAUGGACCGGUUAACAGACUGGCAAAACAGCGGCAAUCGCAUUGAUAAACCCGAUCAAAAACACAUUGUGCAAGUGCUAUUGAAAGAGAUGGAUUUGGAGUCGAAUGGAACGAUUGGGCAAUUGGAAUUCGAACACGCAGUCGGGAAAAUGUCAGAGUUUCCACAUUCUUUCCGAUUUGCGUUUUAAUCACAUUCUUGUACAUUUAUAUCGACAAUAAACUAUCUUUUGUA